AUGCUUCACCGUACCAAAUACAACCGCUUCAGGAAUGAGUCAGUAACAUCCGUCGAUGAUCUGCUCCACGGUCUGUCCAUAAACCCCAAGAUCUCGGCCGGUCCCCAGCCUGCAGCCGAGACUCCAUACACACCCCCAUCCGAGGUCCAGGCUCCCAGUGCCCCCAGCGCCGCCACCAGCCACGGCUCCGACCACCUGGAGGAUGGAGGGACCCUGUGCACGCUCAUCAACAAGGUGUCCAACCUAAAAUUCUCCAACUCCGGCAGCUUGCUGGGCAUCAAGGGUUUGCCCUCCGCUGUCAAGGACCUGGCUGUGUCGAAGCUGCAGGGGGGUGGGGGAUCGGGCUCGGGGCCCGCUGUGACAACAACAGCGGUGACAGCCUUUGGGGUGGGAGCUACACAGAGCAGCUCCCAGCCUGCCCCCUGCUCGCAGCCAGAGACCACGGUCAACAUGAGCAAGAAGACCCGCAUGGACGAGCCGCAGCCGGGAUCUGAGGACUGGAACCCGGGCGGAGGGGGGGCACUGGUCAGCAAGCCCCCCCGAGGGUGGCUCCACUCCAGCGACAAGAUCUCAGGCCCAGGAGUGACUUACAUUGUUAAGGUGAGGAUGGUUUGGAUGUUCAGCUGCAUGUUUGAGGAGGAGAAGGAUGAAGUGAAUGAUCGUAGAAAGUAG